AUGGAGCCGAGAAAAAAGAGGAAAGUCGAGCUUGUCCCGCCGCCAGCACCACUCAAGAGCGCAAGGCAGCGGAUGCUCGAGCAAAAAGAGGCGGCUGCACGUGAGGCGCAGGCAGCACUUGAGAAAUCGGCUGUCGAGGCGGUUGCCAAGCCUUCCCAGAUGAAUGAGGUCCAAGAUGCUCAGCCAUCCGAAGCUGAAGCAGCGAGCUUUCCCUUAGGACUGGUUGACAAAGAAACGAAAUUCGCCGGGGCCGCUUUUACAGGUGUGGAAGCUAUAGCAGCAUCUGAACAGACACCCGUCGGCCCACCUGUGGAACAGAUUACGAGCAAUACCACAGUACUUCUGGCGUCGAGCCGAUCUGCGGCACCCGUUUUACGAUCCUCUUUCCAGCCGAGUAAGCAAAACUUCCAACAGAAGGCAAAUGGGACCGUGCUCCUAAAGCUGGUUGAUGAGGAGCGGCUUGUUAUUCUCGGAAGCUAUGGUCUUUCGAUCCGGAGUGGUUCUGUCACCUUGGCUGGCGCAACAUUGCGUGCAUCCGAGAAGACGCACUGGGUUCAUGCACCACGAUGUCACGCAUUACCAGUUCUUCGGUGCACGGAUGACGCAACUAUCAUGCUUCAAUCACACCCGGCUUCUGCGUCGCUCCGCCAGCUAGGAGUGCUAUCGCCCCUAUUUUCGAGACUCUGGAACGAGCCGCCGGUCGGCUCAUCUAAGAAGGAGGCCGACGCAACGUUCCAAAUUCUUUACACAUCCGACGAUGAUGUAUUGCAAUCGCGCGACAUCACGGCACCUCCUGAGUGGUACAAGCUGAUCGCUGGGUUAACGACGUCCCAAAAACGCAGUCCUAAGAUCGGGCAGCAGGUUUUGUUUGUCUGUGGACCAAAGUCAUCCGGCAAAUCUACGUUUUCACGGUUACUCGCCAAUAGAUUCGUCACCAAAGAUGUCGCGACUGUAGGCAAGCAGCCUAAGAAGUGGACGACACCCAGUGUUGCUGUGCUGGAUAUUGACCCCGGCCAGCCCGAGUUUGGUACGCCGGGUUCGUUGUCCCUGGUGCACGUCCAAGAGCCAAAUUUCACGCCUACAUUCUGCCAUCCAUAUGUCGCCGGCAGGGAUAGCCAUAGCAACAGACUACUUCGUGCUCACGAGCUGGCGUCUGUGUCGCCUGCAACAGACCCAGAGCACUACAUUGAGUGUGUGCUGGAUCUCUAUUCUUUCUACCACAGAGACUUGCGGAAUCGCUGCCCACUUGUCGUGAACACGCCAGGAUGGAUCCAGGGCACAGGGUUGGAAAUUCUUACGGGAUUGAUCGAGAGGAUGCGGCCAUCAGAUGUCAUCUACAUGUCGCAAGAGGGCCCCGAAGAGACGGUCGCGGGCUUAAGAUCUGCAUACCAGGGCGUACCUCUCGUGGAGUUGCCGUCGCAGCCGGGCGACCUGAAAGCUCGAACUGCUGCGCAUCUCAGGACGAUGCAAACCAUGUCCUACAUCCACCUCGACUCCUCCUCUCAUCCUACCUCGGCAACGCUGCGAUCGCUAAAAACCCAGAGCAACUCAUACGCUUCGUGGCUGGCCAGACCUGUAAGCGCGAUACGUCCGUGGAUAGUGCCUUAUGCUGGACCGGAGAGUGGUAUCCUUGGAGUCGUCUGUUACGACUCACAGCCGCCGGCCGAUCUCAUUGCAGAUGCAAUCAAUGGUACGGUUGUUUCCAUUGUGGCUAUCGAGAAUAUGGCCGCGUUCCGGACAGUCACGGAGGCCAGUGACCAAGGCUUGGAGAUGGAGGUCGACACGGACGAAAGAGGGGAGAUGGACCAUUAUGCUCCAGGCUCCGUCACGCGUCGCCUUCCGCCACUUGUGCGCUCACCGGAAGGCAUCCCUUACAUUCUGAAUCCGGACGACCGAAAGCUGGAUCCAUGCCAUUCCUACAAACUGGGCAUCGCUCUUGUGAGAGGGAUCAGUGCUCAAAAUAAAGAGCUUCAUUUGUUGACGCCGCUGCCUGCUAGCGAGAUAAUCGACGAGGUUAUGCAGCAGGAUGGCGUCGGCAUUGUCCUUGUCUCGGGAAAGUUCGACUCGCCAACAUGGGCUUAUACGGAGGAUCUUGUCUUGCAAAAUGCCAACAAAGAAUUUACGGGCAUAGGCGACGGAAGUGACGACGUGGCUGAGGAUGAUUUAGACGGAGACGAUUCGGAGGCUGUAGCUGAUGGUGCGGCCAUGGAGAGCGAGGCCACUUCCCGUGGACUAUGGCCACCGUCCGAGAUACCCUGGGUCGAGGCCCUACAAGGUGGACAAAAACGAGACAUCGGUUCCCGUGUAUGGCGCGUGAGGCGUGACCUUGGCCGAAACGCAGGCACUGCAAACGGCGGCGCCGAAUAA